ACUACGUCGUAUCUCGAUCUUAACUUCGCAUUUAUUUUUUGCAUUACAAUGCAAAUUAUUAUUAUGUUUAAGACAUGUGUCAAGUUCUAAUUACUUCCAAAUAACAAUAAAAAGUAAAUAAAUUAAAAUAUGAAUCAAAUUGUUUUCCAACUCGAUCAAUAUCGAUUCGAUUAAUCAUUUCUAGCUUGGAAACUAUUUCGACUUUCGAGGCGCUAUCGUGCUGUGAUGGAAUACAUAACCUAAAAAUAGUCCACUGGCAAUGGCUGAAUUAGUUUAAAACCGGGUUGUAAUUCUAUUCUGUCAGUGUUACAUUAGCUACAAAGGAUAGGUAACCAAAAACGUCAAGUAUUUCUUAUAAGAUCUUCAGAGGACAAAAAUCGCAUAGAAUAUUAGUGCUCAUCAAUUAAAUUCAGACAAAAGACAGAAUGAAUUACUUAUUACAUACUGUUUUAUUCCUGUUUAUCGUUGCGAUGGACAUUGCCAUCGCAGAGUUUUCGGCAGAUGAUUGCAAGAUGCUAGGAUUCAAUAAAGCUAAUGUGCUCUGCUCGACUUGCGAACAUUUUACCAAACCUGAUCUAGAAAAAAUUUAUGCUACAUGCAAGGAGUGUUGUCUAAAAGACAACGAUUAUGAUUUAUCUGGAUCAAAACGCUAUCCCAAAGCAGUUCUUGAAGUAUGCACAUGCAAAUUCGGGCAAUAUCCACAGAUACAAGCCUUUAUCAAAAGUGACCGGCCAAAAAAGUAUAAGAACCUCAGCAUAAAGUAUGUAAGAGGUUUAGACCCAAUAAUUAAAUUGUACGACGCAGAAAAUAAAGUUGAAGAUGUGCUUGAUAUACACAAGUGGGAUACGGACUCUGUAGAUGAAUUUCUGUCAACUCAUCUUUCUAAGGAUUAAUAAAAUUAGGAAAUAUACAUAUUGCAUUAUUACAUGAUUGUUUCUAUUGAAUUCUUAAUAAACUAUUCAUUUAAUAUGAAUAUUACAUAUACA